AUGAACGUGGAAAGUUUCCGGUUGAAGGAUCCCUUGGAAUGGACCGUCGGCGAGGUGGGCGACUUCCUCGCUUCGAUUCUUCCUGGACAGCCAUGCCUGGACUAUUUCCGGCACACUUCUGGCUAUGUUCUUUGCUCCUUGGAGAAGGAGGACCUGCGCAAGCAGACCAAGAAUGAUGAGGCCACGAACGUCAUCUGGAUGGAAUUGGCCAGCAGAAGGAAGGGAGCAUCACCGGUGCGAGCCGCUGGUGGCAACAAGGCGCUAGUUCAACGGGGAGGCCUCGAUCCUCGUAGCACGCUGACUCUCUAUGUGAAGGCUCCACGGCAGGGAGCGGCUUUGGAGCUAGAGAUGCUUCCGUUGGACACCAUCGCUUUCUUGAAGGCGCAGAUUGAAGUCCACGAGGGCACACCACCAGACAGCCAGCGGCUUGUGUUUCGAGGGAGCACCAUGCAGGACGACCGAUCUUUGACGUCCUACGGGCUCCAACAUGGAGACUCUGUUUUGCUGAUCCCUACUCUUCGAGACAAGGUGGCACAAAGACGUGCCGUCUUUGCUCCACGGGGGUUACUAUCACUGCCGGGCAGCAAGGCGUGGUCACCUUCUUCAAGAAGUCCCUUCUUGCCUGUGCUGUUUAGCGAUGUCUCUCGCAACUUCCCCAUCAGCAUGGAGUUCUCCGCCGUCGCCGAUUGCGAGGCCUUUGCCGAAGCGGCGCGGUAUGCUCCGCCAUGGCUGGAAAUUCUGCCUGGUGGUCCUGGAAGACCGCCCGCAGAUGUGAAAUGCCGGUUGGAUCCAGACCACGGUGCAGUUUGUCUUGAGGCAACCAGCGGCCGUGGCGGCUUUGUGCCCAAUUCAACGUAUCAGGCAAAGCACGGGAGCCAAAGCUUGUUGCAGCGGUGGCCCACUUUGGGGGUCGCGGAGGGCAAGUCCAGGCGUAUGCUUGGUGACCGGGUCAGCAGUGUCUGUUUGCUGAGCCUCCGCAAGCGCCGGAGACUCAUUGGAUCAGCGUGGUGUCCUACGGACAUGGCACCGUUUCACCCCGCGGAUGUUUGUGAUUGCAUAGCCGCGGCGGGAUUUGUCUUUGGGCUUCGUGACGGACCUGGAAACCCGGGUUGGCAACGAAUGGCAGCGCUUGGCAAAGACCGGCUCAGUACGCCGAUUCGCAGGAAGGUGAAGAAACAGGCUGAAGCAGAGGGCCUGGACAAGAUCUUUGUUGAGGCUGGCUUCGACUGGCGCGAGCCUGGCUGUUCCAUGUGCUUGGGCAUGAACCCAGAUCGCUUGAAGCCACAGGAGCGUUGUGCCGCCACGUCGAACCGCAAUUUCGAGGGAAGACAGGGCCCUCAGGGCCGCACCCACUUGAUGAGUCCUGCGAUGGCGGCAGCUGCGGCCAUUGCUGGCAAGCUGAAGGAUGUCCGAGAUCUGCUUCCGGAAAUGCAGGCGAAGGUCUCUGAGCCCACCAAGACAAUGGACUUCUACUCCGAACCCAUUGAUUGGAAGACUCCCAAGGAGACAGAAGAGAUGCCUUCCGCAGGGCAAAGUUCAGCUCCUUCAAGCGCUGGAAUGCCCAAGUUCACAAGUUUGGAUGAAGUCAUUGCCUGCCCCUUGCGGAAGGCGAAUGUAGACACUGAUUGCAUCAUUCCGAAGCAGUUCCUGAAGACGAUCCAAAGAACUGGGUUGGGAAAGGCAGCCUUCUUCGAGUUGCGCUAUGAGGAUGAUGGAGUCACCGAGCGCAAGGAGUUUGUCUUGAACCAGGAGCCUUAUAGAACAGCCUCAGUCCUGAUCGCGGGAGACAAUUUUGGAUGUGGUUCAUCGCGGGAACAUGCGCCUUGGGCCCUGAAUGACCAGGGCAUCCGGUGCAUCAUUGCCCCGAGCUUUGCGGACAUCUUCUUCAACAAUUGCUUCAAGAAUGGCAUGCUGCCGAUUGCCGUCACCAAGGAUGUGGUUGACGAGCUUUGGAUACAUGCCGAGGCGAAGAAGCGGAUUACUGUAGAUUUGGCCCAACAAGAGAUUAGAAGAGAAGGCUGCGAGGCCAUUCCUUUUGAAGUCGAUGCAUUCCGCAAGCACUGUCUCUUGAACGGCUUGGAUGACAUCGGACUGACUCUGCAGAAGGCAGAUCACAUCGACAGCUUCGAGGCCCGAAGAAGCUCCACAUUUCCCUGGUUGGACGGUCCACGCUACAGCAGAUUGAAGGCAGAAGUUCGCAUUAGUACUGCGAAGUCCUCCAACUUCUACACACGAGUGGCGAAGGGCUUCCUGGUUCCUGUCUCAGCUGAGAACCAGCUGAGAAGACCACGUGGCACAGUGUCAGCAGCAGCUUUAGGCAGGUAA